AGUAGCGGGAUCGCUAGGCUUCCGCGUUCCGGGCCUGUCGCUGUGGUAGAGGCGGCAGCGGCGGCGGUGGCGGCGGCGGCGGCGGCGGCGGGGUGGCCGGUAGGGACUCGGGCUACAGGAGUAGGGCUCCGGGCAUGGACGUUUCGGGGCAGGAGACCGACUGGCGUAGCGCCGCCUUUCGGCAGAAGCUGGUCAGCCAAAUUGAGGAUGCCAUGAGGAAAGCUGGUGUGGCCCACAGUAAAUCUAGCAAGGAUAUGGAGAGUCAUGUGUUCCUGAAGGCCAAGACCCGGGAUGAGUAUCUUUCCCUUGUGGCCCGACUCAUUAUCCAUUUCCGAGAUAUUCAUAACAAGAAAUCCCAAGCCUCUGUCAGUGACCCCAUGAAUGCACUGCAGAGCCUUACUGGUGGACCCACCCCAGGAGCAGCUGGGAUUGGAAUGCCUCCUCGGGGCCCAGGACAGUCCCUGGGUGGGAUGGGUGGCCUUGGUGCGAUGGGACAACCACUGCCCCUCUCCGGGCAGCCACCCCCUGGAACCUCUGGAAUGGCCCCUCAUGGCAUGGCUGUGGUAUCUACAGCAACUCCACAGACUCAGCUGCAGCUCCAGCAAGUGGCAUUGCAGCAGCAGCAACAGCAACAACAGCAGCAGUUCCAGCAACAGCAGGCAGCAUUGCAGCAGCAGCAACAGCAGCAGCAGCAACAGCAGCAGCAACAGCAGUUCCAGGCACAACAGAAUGCCAUGCAGCAGCAGUUCCAAGCAGUAGUGCAGCAGCAGCAACUACAGCAGCAGCAGCAGCAGCAGCACCUGAUUAAGUUGCAUCACCAAAGCCAGCAACAACAGAUGCAACAGCAGCAGCAACUGCAGAGGAUGGCACAGUUGCAGCUGCAGCAACAGCAACAACAGCAGCAACAGCAGCAGGCUUUGCAGGCCCAGCCACCAAUGCAACAGCCACCUAUGCAGCAGCCACAGCCUCCUCCUUCUCAGGCCCUACCCCAGCAGCUGUCACAGAUGCAUCAUCCACAGCAUCACCAGCCACCACCUCAGGCUCAGCAGUCCCCCGUUGCUCAGAACCAACCACCACAACUCCAACCACAGUCACAGAACCAGCCUUUGGUGUCACAAGCACAAGCCCUUUCUGGACCAAUGCUCUAUGCUGCCCAACAGCCACUGAAGUUUGUCCGUCCUCCGAUGGUGGUCCAGCAGCCGCAGGUGCAGCCCCAGGUGCAGCAGGUGCAGCCCCAGGUGCAGCCCCAGGCAGCAGUGCAGACAGCACAGUCUGCCCAGAUGGUAGCUCCCGGCGUUCAGAUGAUUGCUGAAGCCUUGGCCCAAGGCGGGAUGCACGUAAGAGCCCGGUUCCCGCCCACCUCCACCAUGUCUGCUGGCCCGUCAAGCUCCAUCUCUUUGGGCGGACAGCCCACGGCACAGGUCAGCCAAAGCAGCCUCACCAUGCUGUCCUCACCGUCACCGGGCCAGCAGGUGCAGACCCCACAGUCGAUGCCCCCUCCCCCACAGCCAUCCCCACAACCUGGCUCACAGCCCAACUCUAAUGUCAGCUCCGGCCCUGCCCCAUCCCCCAGCAGCUUCCUGCCUAGCCCCUCACCACAGCCUUCUCAGAGCCCAGUGACAGCACGCACCCCACAGAACUUCAGCGUCCCUUCCCCCGGACCUUUAAACACCCCUGUGAACCCCAGCUCUGUCAUGAGCCCCGCUGGCUCCAGUCAGGCUGAGGAGCAGCAGUACCUGGACAAGCUGAAGCAACUGUCCAAGUACAUCGAGCCCUUGCGCCGUAUGAUCAACAAGAUCGACAAGAACGAAGACAGGAAAAAGGACUUAAGUAAGAUGAAGAGCCUGCUGGACAUCCUCACUGACCCCUCUAAGCGGUGUCCCCUGAAGACCCUGCAAAAGUGUGAGAUUGCCCUGGAGAAGCUCAAGAAUGACAUGGCAGUGCCCACACCCCCACCACCCCCAGUUCUUCCAACCAAACAGCAGGACCUGUGCCAACCACUCCUAGAUGCAGUCCUGGCCAACAUCCGUUCACCUGUCUUCAACCAUUCCCUGUAUCGCACAUUCGUGCCAGCCAUGAUGGCCAUCCAUGGUCCGCCUAUCGUGUCCCCAGUGGUGUGCUCCCGGAAGCGCAGGUUUGAGGAGGAUGAGCGGCAGAGCAUACCCAAUGUGCUGCAAGGUGAGGUGGCAAGGCUGGAUCCCAAGUUCCUGGUGAACUUGGACCCCUCUCACUGCAGCAACAACGGUACUGUCCACCUGAUCUGCAAGCUGGAUGACAAGGACCUCCCUAGUGUGCCACCACUGGAGCUCAGUGUACCUGCUGACUACCCUGCCCAGAGCCCGAUGUGGGUCGACCGUCAGUGGCAAUAUGGUAGAUGCCAACCCCUUCCUGCAGUCAGUGCACCGGUGCAUGACCUCCAGGCUGCUGCAACUCCCCGACAAGCACUCAGUCACAGCCCUGCUCAACACCUGGGCCCAGAGCAUCCACCAGGCCUGCCUCUCAGCUGCCUAGCAAACUUGAACUUCAGGACGGCCAGCAGCCCUUCUGGCUGAGGGUCUCACACCACCUACUAAACGUCACUAGGUGUUGGCUUCUUAGAGGGCCGGGGCUAGGUUACCUUUCCUGCUUUUACCUUCUGCCUUGGGGACCUGCCCGCUCUCCCCAUCUUGUGCAGUAUUGACCAGGCAGCUGUGGAGCUGGCUGCGUGAGGCUGGGGGCGUCCCCACAAGGUUUUCCAUUGUUGUUUUCCCCCAGAGGUCAGUCCCCACACUUCUACAGCCUUUCUGGGCUUCCAUGUCCACUCAGCAGCAUGAGAACUCAGGGUCCCAUCAAAGCAUCUCUGUGUUACAACCCAUUGUGCUCAUAUCUGGAAAAUGUGGAGGACACAGGAAACCCUCACCAUACAUACGGUUCUCCAGUCACACUGGGGUUCAGGCUGUGCCGCCUAAGGCAUGCGGACACGGUGCAGGACUCGGUCUGAAUUCAGGGCACAGAUUUCAGUCUGGAAGAAAGGCCAGUAAGGAAUCAGCAGGUUCUCUGCCGCCGGAACUUCCACUCUGUGGGCCUCCUCCCAGUCAUGGGAGGAGAGCAGCCAGCUGGGGCAGAGGCUGCCCCUGACGUUCCUGCACCAGUCCUGGGCCACGAGCUGUCAGUGCUGAGUGACACAGGCGACCAGCCAGAAACCGUCACUGGGACCCACCAGCCUCAGCCUCAUGCUCUUACUCUGUACCGCCACCAAGAGUGUGGGUUUCCUUCAGAACGCACCAGAUGGCACUUGCCACACCGAGCAGCAAUGGGUAGCACUCUGGUGGAAAGAAAUUCCCCCUUUUAUAUGUGCACUACUCUGUCAUAUGAUUCUUAUAAUAAAUUUAUUAUUCCUGUGUUUGUCAGGA